AUGGAUCGUUUUUCUUCUACUACUACUAUUCCUUUUGCUUUUCAUGGAGCUAAAGAUGACAUCACCAUGCAAUUCUCUUUGAUUUGGACUCAAAUCAAAGCACCAUUGAUUGUUCCAUUGCUAAGAAUAUCAGUGUUUUUAUGUUUGAUAAUGUCAGUGAUGAUGGUUAUUGAGAGGGUUUAUAUGGGUAUUGUCAUUUCUCUUGUGAAACUAUUUGGAAGGAAACCUGAAAAACGUUACAAAUGGGAACCUAUUAAGGAUGAUAUUGAGUUGGGAAACUCUUGUUAUCCAAUGGUUCUUGUUCAAAUCCCUAUGUAUAAUGAAAGAGAGGUUUAUCAAUUGUCAAUUGGUGCUGCAUGUGGUCUUUCUUGGCCUUCUGAUAGGAUCAUUAUACAAGUCCUUGAUGACUCCACUGACCCAACAAUCAAGGAGUUGGUGCAAAUAGAAUGCCAAAGAUGGGCAAACAAAGGAGUGAAUAUAAAGUAUGAAGUUAGAGACAAUAGAAAUGGAUACAAAGCAGGGGCACUGAGAGAAGGAAUGAAACAUAGCUAUGUGAAACAAUGUGAUUUUGUUGCAAUAUUUGAUGCUGAUUUUCAACCAGAGUCUAAUUUCUUGUGGCGUACUGUGCCAUUUUUGGUGCAUAAUUCUGAACUUGCCCUUAUUCAAGCUCGUUGGAAAUUUGUGAAUGCAGAUGAAUGUUUAAUGACCAGAAUGCAAGAGAUGUCACUAGAUUACCAUUUUACCGUUGAACAAGAAGUUGGAUCUUCUACUUACGCCUUUUUUGGCUUCAAUGGGACUGCGGGAGUGUGGAGAAUUUCAGCAAUGAAUGAGGCUGGUGGAUGGAAGGAUAGAACGACGGUUGAAGACAUGGACUUGGCAGUUCGAGCAAGUCUCAAAGGAUGGAAAUUUUUAUACUUAUCAAACUUGCAGGUGAAAAACGAAUUGCCGAGUACUUUCAAAGCCUACCGUUACCAGCAGCAUCGUUGGUCGUGUGGACCUGCGAAUCUUUUCAGGAAAAUGGUCAUGGAGAUUAUCAAAAACAAGAAAGUGUCGUUGUGGAAGAAGAUACACGUAAUUUACAACUUCUUCUUUGUUAGGAAAGUUGUAGCUCACAUCAACACGUUUGUGUUUUAUUGCAUUGUACUACCUGCGACAGUUUUGGUGCCGGAAGUUGUGGUUCCGAAAUGGGGUGCUGUUUAUAUCCCUUCGGUUAUUACUCUUCUCAAUGCUGUUGGAACUCCAAGGUCACUCCAUUUACUUGUAUUUUGGAUUCUUUUUGAGAAUGUGAUGUCUCUACAUCGAACGAAAGCAACUAUUGUUGGUCUAUUGGAGACUAGUCGAGUGAAUGAAUGGAUUGUCACUGAGAAGCUCGGAGACGCUCUCAAGGUUAAAGCAGGAACAAAAGCACUCAAGAAGCCUCGGUUCAGAAUUGAAGACAGGAUUCACUUGCUAGAACUCGGUGUUGGAAUGUACCUCUUCUUUAUUGGCUGCUACGAUGUCAUGUUCGGGAAAAACCACUUCUUCAUCUUUCUCUUUAUCCAAGCAUUCGCCUUCUUCAUCAUGGCUUUUGGAUAUGUUGGAACCUUCAUUCCCAACACCUAG